AUGUCUCAUUCUCCAGCCAACGAUGCUCAAGAUUUCGGAAGAUUCUUGGUCAAGGGCGAUGCUCAGGGAGAGAUAGUCUCUACCAAUGUCCCACUCAGUUUCAUGAUGGGUGUCAACGCCCAGAGCGGGUUGAUUCAAGACGAACAUCAUCCGCUACGAGGUACCUCAAUUCAAAACAAGAUACUCGUCGUACCGCGAGGCAGGGGAUCGUGCAGUGGAAGUGGUGUGAUUAUCGAAAUGCUUGUCAAUGGUAGCGCCCCGGCAGCAUUCAUUUUCCACGCUCGUGAGGACAUCCUGACGUUGGGCGUCGUCUUAGCCGGUACCAUGUUCUCAAAGUCCAUCCCUGUUGUGAUGGUAGAAGACGAGCAAACAUGGGCUUCUCUUUUAAUGGGCGGUAUGGCACAUAUCAGCACUGAUGGAUAUCUUGACAUCAACGACGAUACGCGCGUGCAUUUGCGAAACCCUCCAGAUACCAGCCAGGUAGCGCUCUCGCCAGAGGACGACAACAUGUUGUGUGGUCAAGGUUGCAGUGCUGCUACAAAGUUGGCAAUGCAGACCAUUGUCAGCUUUGCUGCCAUCCAAGGAGCUGCAUCCCUCAUCAGCGUUUCUCAGGUCCAUAUUGAUGCCUGUUGCUAUGCAGGGAAAGUUAGUCUUGCAAUUCCUCAGCGCCUUCGAGAACUCGGCGGUGAGUUCGCGGUACCGACCACCUGUAACUCACUAGACGUGGACCGUCGGCGUUGGAGAGAGCUGAAGGCGGACCCGGAGCUUUCAGAAGCUUCUUACGCCAUAGGAGACCAUUACUUGGCAAUGGGUGCUCAGAUGAGCUUCACCUGUGCACCAUAUCUGUUAGACACGAAACCAAAGAUUGGCGAGCAAGUCGGCUGGGGAGAGUCCAAUGCGGUUGUUUUCGCUAAUAGUGUGCUUGGGGCCCGUACUCAUAAAUACCCAGACUAUCUCGAAGUCAUGGUGGCGCUGACGGGAAGGGCCCCCUACACGGGCUGUCAUCUACUGGAGGAACGAGCCCCAAAGAUUGGCAUCCAUGUUCCACCCAUAUUCACCAAUGAGGUUGAUGAGUCAGUAUUCCCGCUUUUGGGAUACCACAUCGGUGGGCUUGUUGGGUCGAGUAUCCCGAUCAUUUACGGCCUCGAGACAUCAAAGCCCAUAACUCCUGAUCUCAAAGCCUUUGGAGCUGGUUUCGCCACGACAUCGUCUGCCCCCAUGUUUCACAUCAGAGGCAUAACUCCAGAGGCUGCCAACUAUGAUGACGAGAUACGGGAGGUCGAGUGGGUCAAUGUCAAGAUCAAAGAUCUCCAAAUCACUUGGCAUGAAUUAAACACGGCUAGGGAUCCUUCUGCUGAUCUUAUAUCCCUUGGAAACCCGCACUUCACUCUCGAGGAAUUCUCAACACUUGCAAAUCUUGUUCGGGGUAAGAAGAUCCGAAAGGGCAUUGUCAUGAUCAUCACAACCGGCCGAUCAAUCUAUGAUCAAGCUGAGCGCGCGGGGUACAUUGGCGAAAUUCAACGUUUUGGGGCGUCGUUGAUCACAGAUACAUGUUGGUGCCUGUUAACGGAGCCAAUUAUUCCCCUCAAAGCACAAAACAUCAUGACGAACUCUUCCAAAUAUGCCCACUAUGGUCCCGGAAUAUCGCGGCGCCGGUUCCAUUUUGGAAGUCUAGCUGGAUGCGUCGAGGUUGCUUGCUUCGGCUUCCGCUCUGCAGCAAACUUGCGUCCACCUUGGCUUUUUGACGAGUAG